CAGGUUCGAGUUCGGUUCCGUUAUCACGCGACCGCGGAUGACAUUUCCACUAUUUCCAGGUUCGUGAGAGCUCUCCGGCUAGGAGUAGAGGCUAGGAGCUAGGAGGAAGGCGGAGGAAGGCGCAUGCCUUCCCGUCGAGCAUCGAGCGCGCACUCGCGCAGCGCGUGGCGAGUGGCGACGGCCCUGGCACACCGCGGUGAUACGCUUUGACACUUUGACAUCCAACAUGGCCACCUGAUGUCUAGCAGACGAUACACACAGGUGGCAUGGGAGAGCUGUAAAUAAAAUCCACCCUCUAGAUUUAAUUAUGAGCGGACGUGUGCAGAAGGAGAGUGCCGAUGAUUUCGAUCGCGUUGACGAUGCAGUGGACCCGCGAGUGCAGAUUGAACUUGAAAGAUUGAACACAGCUACGGACGAUAUUAAUAAACUAGAAGUUGAUUUAGAUGAAGCAAGAGCAACCUUUAGAGAAUUAUUAUGCGAAUCAACAAUCAAGAUUGACACUUUGGCUAAGAAACUUGGAGCUUGCAUUGAAAAAUCCAGACCAUACUAUGACGCCAGGUUUAAAGCGAAAGAGGCAUUACAAGAAACGCAGAAGGCUGCGAUUAGAUUUGAGAGAGCCAACAGUCAGCAUGCAGCAGCUAAGGAAAUGGUUUAUUUAGCCGAGGAAGGACUACGGACCGAAGGAAGAUGUUUUGAUCACGCUUGGCAGGAAAUGUUGAAUCAUGCUACGUCACGAGUUAAUGAGUCGGAGCACGAGAGAGCUCUCUCUGAAGCGGAGCAUAGACGUACGACUGUAUUAUAUCACAAAGUGGAACACGAAGUUCAAAGGUUGCAGCGUGAUUUGAAGCGUACUAUUGCCAAAUCUAGUAUGGGUGCACGCCGCAGCUUGCUUCUGAUAAACAGUAUCGCCUACAGGCACAACUUGCUCAUGUUGCCUUACUAUGAGAUGAGAGCGCACUUUAAUCAAAUGUUGGAGGAGCAGAAGAUGAAGGUCAGUGCGCUGGAGAGAUCAGUUGGCGAAGCAAAAGCUUCGUACGCGGAAGCGUUACGAAAUCUGGAAAAGAUCAGCGACGAGAUUCACAGGACGAGAAGAUACGAUGGUACGGACGAGUACGAUAAGAGUGCACGAGACGCAUCCGAUCGCUCCACCGCGCAAAUUAAUACGGCAACUCCAACGGAUUCCAGCGUAACUGGAUCCCCGGACAGCACGGAUUACACUAGCGACGAAUAUUUACGUCUCCCCGACAAGAUGAGUCCGAACGCGCUAUGUCCCAUGCCUACAAGAAUCGAGAGAGAUUCAUCGUCGGAGUACCUGGGCCUAAAUAAUUUGAACCUUUCAUCUACCGAACCUCGUAAAUAUAUAAAACGGGACCGUCCACGAAGCAUCGCCGCGACCGACUCGAAACAUAUCGUAUCUCUAAAUCAUACUAGUUCUUCUGCACCAGGCCUGACGGAUCUGUCGGGCAUUAUAUCUCCGGUCGAGAAGAGAGUGAAGAUUCAGACGCCCGUAAAUGACCGCAAGAAUAAAUCUAAUUCUCAAAAUGGGGAGGAAUGGACGGAAAUUAGCCUGAACAAUUCGCCGGACGAGAUUUACUACAAUAAUGACGUGUACUCCGACGAGGAAGACCAAAUCCCCUACAAACCGUUACCGAUGGAUCUAAGUCCGGAACUUGCUCAGGCAAUUAAUAUCGCCGCCGAGCCGCCGAAAGAACAAAUCAAUCGAAAAAGAUUAGUAACGCAAAAAUCUUUACCCACAAUGUCGAAAGUAAACGAAGUUACUUUAACCGAAGAGAAGAAGGCUGAAGUUACGAGAAGUCCAUCAGUGAAAAAUAGAAGCAAGCUCGACAGUAGCUUAGCCAAUUGGAUAACUAGAAGUUCAGCCGGUGGUGAAACUAGUGGUGGUAGUUCCACAAAUUCAAGCAGAAGACAAUCUCUUGAUAUGUUGUGGAGUGGCGGUACCGGGGAGCGCGUUAAGGAAUUACUCAAUCACGGUAUGAUGAUGCUAAACAUAUCCAGCUUAACGGAACGACGUUCCAGUGAGCCAAAGACAGUAGAGAGAGACAAGGACAAGUCUGAAAAAUCUGAAAAAUUGGAAGUUAAAGGGAAAAAGGUCCCAAGCCCGUUAGAGAAAACAAUGAGCUAUCUCAACGCCGACGAGGAGACGUCGGACAGCGAAAGUUUAGCUAGCGUGGAGAUGCUAACGGAAGAUCAGAUCUCUUCACUCAUGAUGGAGCCGGACAUGAAUCAAGUAUGCCAAGAGAUUCUGGGAACUCCCCUAGUCGAAGUAUGCCCGCUGUUGCAACAGUUACAGCAACAAUAGCCUUAUCGCGGAGGAAUUUGCACGACAAAGUGGCAAAGAUUCAACAAUAGAAAGUGUUCAAGAUCAUUAUAAAAUGGUAACACAAUUAAGAUACAUCUCCUUUCCGUUAAGCUACUACAUACUAUCAUGUUACGUUUCUGUCUGUUGCGUGUCGUAACUUAUAGAUUUUUCUAUUAUGUGAUAUAGGGCAAAGUAAAGGUUGUAUUUCUGUGUAAUCGUCAUAUUUGUUUUCGCGAAGACAUUUUUCAUGGGUUUUACUCGGUAUCGUCAAGUUAAUCUGUUAGUUAGAAAAAUGAUGUCUAAUGCUUAGUAAAAAUAUACUCGAUUGAGGCUUUUAGUCAAUACAGAACUUGCGUUAAAAGCGUCUCCGUUAACUUAAUUCCUCGGGCACUACGAAGCCUAAUGUCAUCUUUUGUGGAUAUACGCUUACACGACGCAUCUCAGCUUGGGAGGACGUUUCCGAAUUAAUUCUAUAAAAUCUUUCUAACACUUAGGAUUUGGUAAAACUAUGAAACAUCAUUCGCUGAGAAAGCAAUAUGUAGUUACUUUUCUAGGACAUUGCGUAGUUUAAUCUAGAUACUCGUACAUAAAUUUAUUCCGAGUCGCAAUGACUAUUUUUUGCUUGCCUUUAUAUGCGACUGCUCACGUUAAAGUCUCUCGGAGCGUUUAACAAAUACAUUAGAAUAUUAUACAGCGAAAUAUCAAACGAUCUAGAGAUUCUAGAGAAAUUGGGUGAACGAAACAGGAUGCGUUCACCACGCUACGUUCGAAGAUAACUGAUUACGAUAAGCACUUUGUUUAUUUCUUUCUCUCUCUCUGUCUCUCUUUUAUCGAAAUACGAUCGAUUGGUCCAUUAAGUACUCGCGAAGCGUACCGCCGAAAGAAACAAAACUUAUACAAAAGUUACAAGUUGCCAAUUAUGACUGCGAUGGUCAGAUUAUCUAUAAAACGCGGAACGAACUGUACAUAUAUAAGCAUAGCAUAAUAAUACAAUUCUAAACGUAUGUAAGUCUGUGUGCAAAACGUACUGUCAACAUCACAAGUACCCUCGAGAGGUACUCGUUUUGAGUUUCAUUAAUUCCAGCUGUACGUUCGAUCAGCGACAGCACGUUUUGAACACAGAUGAUCGGAACUCGCGGCUUCGGCAGUCUGUUUCAUAUACGAAGUUUCGCGACAUAAGUAAGACGAUAGUAUUCACCGCAGUCAGAUUCAGCAGGAUAUUUUUCAAUAUUUUUCGCUGCGACGCGAUAAAGGGACGACGCGUGUCUAUCGAAUAAAUAUCUUACGGCUGUCCCGAGAUCAUUGUACGAUAAGCGAGAGGAGGACGACUCGAAUAUUAUACAAAUUAUCGUAAAUAUUGCGGAGUAGUUUGGACAGCCGAACGAUAUCCGAUCAUGAUAAUAAUAGAUCGCAGACGCGUGCUCGAGUGGAUUUAGGCACUCGAGAUGAGUGAGAUUUAAGCGUAGCUCCAUCAUUUUUAUUGCCGCGUAUUGUGAUAUAGCUCUUAACGAUUUUAGACGUUUAGUUUUGGAUUAUCCAAUUGUCGGACGAGAACAUUAGUGCAAAGGAUGCAUACAAUAUGCUAUUUAUAAAGAGUAAUAUAUACAUACAUAUACAUAAUAUAUGUAAAUUAUUUAUAUAUAGAUUAAGUUAUAUAUAUACACAAUAUACAGAUCCUAUUUAUUUUGAGCGUAACUUUCUGUAAACCGGCGUUAAUUGACACAAUUCAUACAGCGUUCGUCAAUUUUUAUAAGGACGGUGGUAAUUGUUGCUUUUUAACAGGGAAUUGUUUUACGAGACGUCGCGUGCGUGUGUGCGAUUUAAUUGCAAUUAAGCGUCGGAAUUAUUUAGAUAUCGCGUUUCGAAAAUGUUGCAGCGCAUACGCGCGCGCACACACACACACACACCGAUGUCGUCCUUGGUGAAAAAAUUUCUUACAUUUUCUCAGCAAUUUGGUAAGAAUUGAGACUUAUAAAAAAUUCUGAAAAAAAAUAUAUAACAUUUCUCAGAUAUUUUCAGAAAUAAUUAGACGAGAAUUUUCGGAAUAUUUCAGUAUACGUAUGUAUGAAAAUUUCUAAUAAAUUGCAGAUUUUCUCAUUUUUAUUCAGAUUUCUACAAAGAUAUGCUGGCGAG